CUACCCCACAGCCUCACUCAGCCUCAGUGGGAGACAGAACAGAUCUUGACGUUGAGGAUGCAUGUCUACGUGAGAGGAGCAUCCAGGAGAGGACACUAGGUCCCAAAGCUGCACAGACAGAUACAUGCAAAGGACUACAAGUAAAGAGAGAGAGGGAGAGAGAGAGAGCAGGGGAAGCCCAGAGGGCAGGACAGCAGGAUUCCAGAGAGGACAGAACAGGGUGGAACAGGCAGCAUUUGCAGGGUGAUGCUUUUGGGGAAGGACCUGAUGAAAAGGAACUGAACAGCAAAGCAAAGCAGCUGCAUUUUGUGAUUUCUCCUCCUCAUCUGCAAACAGGAAUCCUCUGUGUCUCCAGCUAUCUGCAGAGAGAUCCCUCUGCUGCUGCUGCUGCUGCUGCUGCUGCUGAGGGUUCACAGUCUCCGUGCUUCUGUGCACAGCACCACAUCCGACUGCUGUGCUCAGUAGUCCGAGACCAUGAGCGAGGCGAAGAAAGGUGAGCUCGCCAUCCGGGAUAAAGCCAUCCUGCACCAGCAGAGGCGUCUGAAGCAGGCCACCCAGUUCUCCCACAAGGACUCUGCUGACCUCCUGCCCCUGGACGGGCUGAAGAGACUGGGCACGACCAAAGACCUGCAACCUCACAGCAUCGUGCAGCGUCGCCUGAUGGAGGGAAACAUCACCCGGCUCAGGGGCGAGGCCCGGGACACCAGCGGCAGGAUCCGCUCCCCGCUGGCCGACAGCAAGGACGGGCCCGCCGACCCCGAGGAGAAGAGCGAGAGCACGGCCGACGACUCCACGGAGGAGAGGGAGUCCCUGGAGGAGAGCGAGAGGAGCCUCCGGUCGGACGAGGAGGACGACAGCAGCGAGGCCGGAGCCAGGCCCGGGGCCGAGAAGGGCGAGGUCACGGAGAGGUCGGCCCUCCUCACAGCUCUGGUUGUUCAGUGCAAGUGCUGCGAGAGCGAAGUCAACGCAUCCAUCAACACCGGCAUUCAACACAACCACAUCUCCACCUCCUGCUGCCAGAGGCUGGGGUUGGUGCCCAUUCAGGACGGCUCAGUGACGGGUCUGCAGCUGCAGCUCGGCCGACAGACGCUCCAGUGUUCAGCUUACGUCAAAGAGGACGAGGCGUUCGAGCUGUGCCUCGGUCUUCAGACUCUGCUGGAACUCAAAUGCUGCUUGGACCUGAGCAGCCGGGUCCUGAAGCUGCAGGGAUGUGGCGAGGAGCUGCCCUUCCUCGACCCCUCCAUCGACAGCCAGUGCCAACACGACACCAAUGAGAACCUGUGAGUCCGACUCCACCGGCGGCGAUCGCUUCCUCGGGUCCCGACCGGUCACAGCGACGUGGCACCCUGCCAUAUUUCUGUAUUUUGUUUUUGUCUGGACCAUCUGACGACAGUGCCUCACGCUGCCCGAGCACAGACGAGCAUUCGCCGCCGCCGCCGCCGCCGUCCUUGAGUUUACAUCAUCGUGUUUGUAGAAUCGAGACAUUCACCAUGAUUAUCUCUUGACUUAGUUUUGUUCCCAGAGCGGACGAUGGCUGAUCCGACCUCUGUGGGUCUCAUCAUUCUUUAUGAUUAUUCUAUAUAUUCAUCCCGACUGCUGAGCUCAGGUGCACUGAUGCUCUCCACCAACAGAACCAUCAUAGUUAUUUAAAUUGGAAUUCAGUGGGAACAUUUUGUGAUUUGACUGUCGAAGAAAAUUACUUUUAAUCAACGACAAAUGUGUUAAUUGUAAAUCUUUCCGUUUGGAUUCUGUUGAAAGGAAUAGAUUCAUAUUUUAGGGAAUCAGCUUUGAUUAUAAUAAGAUAGAAAUGAAGGAGUGUGCAGCUGCAGCCAAUUAGCUUAGGACUGGAAAUAGAGGGAAACAGCUAGGCUGACUGGGUUUGAUGGGGAAACAUUAAGCACAAGUACAAGUACCCUUGGAUAAGAAGUGCUGGAUUAAACAGAAACAAACAUA